UAACUUGAAAUCAAAAUGAUGAAAGAACCAAACCUAAAGCUCUUCCAAUGGGUUUGAAGUACAACCAUUAUUCCACCAAAUCCAUUGCUUCUAAUAAGUUUCUUUCUUUAAGAACUUCAACUAUUCUCACAACAACUCUCUUCAUUGCUUCUCUUGUCUACUUAUUUUCCCCUUCAAGAAAUUCACAAGAGCCACACUUGUUGGACCAUCAGGGAGGUCUAUUUCGUGGCGAUUUACGUGACGCAAAAUUUCCAUGGAAUAAGCUUUCAUUUGGACCAAAUUCUGAGAAACUAAAAUUAGCAGUUUUUUCAAAAACAUGGCCAAUUGGAGCAGAUCCUGGAGGCAUGGAACGACACGCGUUUACGUUAUACACUGCCCUUGCUGCCAGAGGACAUGAUAUUCAUAUUUUCACUGUGCCAUCUGAUAGGAAAUUUCAUAAAGAUAUUCAUGUUGGUAACCUUCAUGUCUAUUUUGCAGCUAAUAAUCAUGGCUCACUCAAUUGUUCUUUAGCUUUUGAUAUAUUUGAUCAAGAAAAUAGGGCUAGACCUUUUGAUUAUGUGCACACUGAGAGUGUGACAUUGCCUCAUUGGCGCGCGAGAUUUGUGCCUAAUGUGGCAGUGACAUGGCAUGGAAUUUGGUACGAGAUUAUGCACUCAAAGCUAUAUCAAGAACUGUUUGAAAACCACAAUGGGCAAUUAUCAUCAGGGCCUAUGACUGAACUUCAAGAAGCAAUGCCAAAACUUGUCGAUGAAAUUAAGUUCUUUUCGAGCUAUACUCAUCAUAUAUGCAUAAGCAAUAGUGCAGGGGAAGUUCUAGUAAACAUUUAUCAACUCCCUCAAAGAUAUGUACAUGUUAUACUCAAUGGAAUUGAUGAGACUAAGUUUGUACAUGACCCUAUAUCCGGAUCAGAUUUUCGCCAAAAAAUUGGGAUCCCAUCAAAUAUUAGCUUGGUUUUAGGAGUUGCUGGAAGAUUGGUAAGGGACAAGGGACACCCACUUCUCCAUGAGGCGUUUUCGUUCAUAGCCAAGCGCCAUCCGGGAGUUUUUCUGAUAGUGGCAGGGUCAGGUCCGUGGGGAAAAAGGUACGCGGAAUUAGGUCAAAAUGUGAAGGUUUUAGGUGCAUUAGAGCCCUCCGAACUAUCAAAAUUUUACAAUUCACUUGAUGUGUUUGUGAACCCAACUUUGAGGCCUCAGGGACUAGAUCUUACAUUAAUAGAAGCUAUGCAUUGUGGAAAACCAGUUUUGACACCAAACUACCCAAGUAUAACAAGAACUGUGGUGUUAAAUGAAGAUUUUGGUUACACAUUUUCACCAAAUGUAGGCUCAUUUAUAGAAGCAUUGGAGUCUGCAAUUAAAGAUGGUACAGCAGUUUUGCAAAAGAAAGGAAUGCUUUGCAAGUCAUAUGCACUUUCAAUGUUCACAGCUAGCAAAAUGGCAUUGGCUUAUGAGAGGUUCUUUCUUUGUAUGAAAAACACUAGAUAUUGUCAAUACCCUCUUCCCACAGAUUUCUAAAGAUUUUUUGAUUAAUGUUAUAUUGAUAUCUUAUUACACUCAUAUUGGAGAGUCUGGACUGGCGUUUGACCAA